GUAGUGGUGCUCUACAGCGAAUAAAAUAGGCUACAAGCAAGGACGGACACCUAUCAGAAGCGUGAGCAGCGGUUUGUGGCACAGCUCUGUCUCGGGCAACUGAUCGCUUUAAAUCAUGCUGUAUUGACUGAAGAGAGGCUAGUACAAUCAAUGGAUUGGCUUUGAAAUCGUUCACAAUUUAUUGGAAAGGAGUGUGUGAGACGGUGGAGAGGGAGCGCGCGAGAGAGGAGAGAGAGAGGUGGAAAUAAAGAUUAUUUCAACGAUGGAACUUACAAUGGAAAACAUUGGAAAUCUGCACGGCGUAUCUCACUCUCAUCAAACGGGUGACUUAAUGAACUCUCCGCACCACGCACGGCAGUCCUUGGCGUCGCAUCGGAACUUGGUGUCACACGGACGUUCAGCCAUGGUGUCCAGUAUGGCCUCAAUAUUAGAUGGAUCUGGGGAGUAUCGCACAGAUCAUGCAUUGUCCGGUCCCUUGCACCCCGCAAUGACCAUGUCCUGCGACUCCGGGAUGACCAUGAGUAGCACUUACACUACGCUGACGCCGCUGCAGCACCUGCCUCCCAUAUCCACCGUCUCGGAUAAAUUUCACCACCAUCCCCACCCGCACGCCCACCACCACCCGGCGCACCAGCGACUCGCCGCCGGCAACGUCAGUGGCAGCUUCACCCUGAUGCGGGACGACAGGAGCCUUGCCUCGAUGGGCAAUCUCUAUGGCCACUACCCUAAAGACAUGUCCGGCAUGUGCCAGUCGCUGUCCCCUCUCUCCAACGGCCUCGGGUCUUUGCACAACUCUCAGCAGACUCUUUGCGCUUAUGGUCCUGGCGCCCACCUCUCCAACGACAAAAUGCUCUCGUCCGGAGGCUUCGAGUCUCACGCAGCGAUGCUGUCCCGGAGCGAGGACCACCUGAGCCGGGGAUUGGGGGGGCACGGGGCCGGGAUCAUGUCAUCCCUGAACGUUAUGCCCCAUCACAGCCAUCCGCACUCUCAGGCUAACGGGUCCAUGCUCUCUGAUCGCGAGAGGCAGACGGCGGGGGGCGGGCAGGGAGGUGGUUCGGGGCAGGUGGAAGAAAUAAACACCAAGGAGGUGGCACAGCGAAUAACGGCGGAGCUUAAGCGCUACAGCAUUCCCCAGGCCAUCUUCGCACAGCGGAUCUUGUGUCGGUCCCAGGGAACCCUGUCUGACCUGCUGAGGAACCCUAAACCCUGGACUAAACUCAAGUCUGGCCGGGAAACCUUCCGGAGGAUGUGGAAGUGGCUGCAGGAACCCGAGUUCCAGAGAAUGUCGGCGCUCAGACUAGCAGCCUGCAAGCGCAAGGAGCAGGAGCAUCACAAAGACCGCAACAUGGUGCCCAAAAAGCAGCGGCUGGUCUUCACGGACCUGCAGCGCCGCACACUCAUCGCCAUCUUCAAGGAGAACAAGCGCCCGUCCAAGGAGAUGCAGAUCACCAUCUCCCAGCAGCUGGGCCUGGAGCUCAACACUGUCAGCAACUUCUUCAUGAAUGCCCGGCGCCGCUGCGUGGACCGCUGGCACGACGAGCACAGCACCAGCCCCGGCCAGCCGGGCACCUCGGCCACCACUUUCUCCAAGGCCUGA